AUGAAGCGUUUCGUAUCUACCGCAACCAUUGCUGCCACUAGAAGGUGCCAUCGUCAGCCACAACUUGUUGUUCAAGACUUGGCACACAACAGACGUGCCAGUUUUUCGCAAUCUUAUGUCUUCCAAGCAGCUGAAAUUGUGGAUCCGAAAAUCAGGAUCAGCAGCUUUUCCUCUUUGACUCCCCAAGAUUCUACAUCAGUAGCAAAUACCAGCAAAGACGGUAUCGUUGGAGAUCCCAUCGACUUUGAUGUUCAGAGUCGAAUCGAAGGAAACGAGUCCCAAAUUGUCACCAUUACACUCGAACCUGGUCAAGUGUUGCGUGCUGAGUCUGGAGCCAUGAUGUACAUGACAGGGGGUGUUGAAAUGAAUACCACAGCAGGGGGAGGCUUGUCUAAUGGCUUCAAGCGAAUGCUAACAGGACAAAACUUUUUCAUAUCGGACUAUACAUACACGGGUAGCGAAGGAACUACUGGCCAAGUGGCACUAGGCACAGAUUUUCCUAGUAAGAUUUUGCAACUCAAUGUCAAUGAGUAUGGCGGCAAGCUUGUCUGCCAAAAGUCUGCUUUGCUCUGUGCUUCGCAUACGAUCGACAUUGACAUGGAGUUCACCAAAAACUUUUCGGGUGGAUUCUUUGGAGGGGAGGGAUUCGUGCUCCAGAAACUUACUGGCGAGGGCGAUGUCUUUCUCAAAGCAGGAGGAACUUUAAUCCGAAGGGAGUUGGAACCAGGUGAAGAGCUCAGAAUAUCAUCCGGAUGUCUAGUGGGAUUCUCGGCUGGAGUGGAUUACGACGUACAAAUGGUCCAAGGAUUCAAGAACGUCUUUGCUGGGGGAGAAGGUCUUUUCAUGACAACCCUAACUGGCCCAGGGGUUGUAUGGUUGCAAGGACAACCACCACAGCGCAUGGUCAGUGAGAUUGCUCGACGAGUGCCAUCUGGUAGUGGUAUCGGCCUUGGCGUCCCCAUUGGAGGAGGAGGCGGUGGAGGUGAAGGCGGAGGUGAAGGUGAAAGCGGCCCCGACGAAUCAAGUUGA